AUGUUUGCAAAGAGGCUGUUUGACAAGGCUCUGCUGCACCAUUCCAACCAUAAGUUGCAGCAUGGUGGGUUGCAGGGAAGUGAGUUGGAUCCCAGAAUUGUGAUUCACUAUGGCAUUCCAUCCACUGCUUCAAUUCUCGCCUUUGACCCCAUUCAGCGACUUUUGGCUAUUGGGACUUUGGAUGGAAGACUUAAGGUGAUAGGUGGUGAUAAUAUAGAAGGACUUUUGGUUUCUCCAAAGCAAUUACCUUACAAAUACUUGGAGUUCCUGCAAAACCAGGGGCAUUUAGUUGGGGUCUUAAAUGACAAUGAUAUCCAGGUUUGGAAUCUUGAGAGCCGGAGCCUUGUUUGCUCUUUACAAUGGGAAUCCGAUAUUACAGCUUUUUCUGUAGUCAGCGGUUCACAUUUCAUUUAUGUUGGGGAUCAGCAUGGCUUAUUUUCCGUGAUAAAGUUUGAAGCUGAGGAAGGACAACUUUUGAAGUCAUCAUAUAAUUUGUCUGCAAAAUUCCUAAGGGAAGCUGCAGGAUUUUCAGAUGCCAGUGUACAACCAAUCAUUGGAAUUCUUUUACACCCUUAUUCAUCUGGGAACAGGCAAGAUAAUAAAAUGAAUUCUUUUAUAUUUUGCAGACUCUUGAUUGCAUUUGAGGACGGGUUGCUUAUUCUUUGGGAUGUUUCUGAAGCUCGAAUUGUGUUCCUUGGUGGCGGAAAAGAUCUCCAAUUGAAGGAUGAAGAUGUUAUCCCUUCUACUGAAACGGGGGCUAAUCUUCCAGCUACUGUUAUAGAACAAAAUAUGGGAGACAAAGAGAUAACUGCUCUUUGCUGGGCAUCUUCCACUGGGUCCAUUCUUGCUGUGGGAUACUUAGAUGGAGAUAUCCUUCUUUGGAACUUGUCAUCUGCAGCACCUUCGAAAGGUCAACAAACAUCUUCUAAGGAUGUUGUUAAGCUACAACUUUCAACUGCAGAAAGAAGACUCCCGGUCAUUGUCUUACAAUGGUCAGACAGCUAUAAAUCCCAAAGUGAUAGUGGGCAGUUGUUUGUCUAUGGUGGUGACGAAAUUGGAUCUGAAGAAGUUCUGACUGUUUUAACUCUUGAAUGGUCAUCUGGGAUGGAGUCUGUAAGAUGCACUAAUAGAGCAGACCUUACACUUAGUGGUUCUUUUGCAGACUUGACUUUACUGCCAAGCCCUGGAACAAUAGGGUUGAGCAGCAAUGAUGAAGUUUUUGUACUGACAAAUCCUGGACAACUACAUUUGUAUAAUAAUGAUAGCUUGUCCACAUUGACAUCUCAGCAGAAGAGGACACCAUCUGUGCCUGCUGUGGAAUUUCCAGUGCUAGUACCUAUGGCUGAUCCAUCUUUGACUGUUGCAAAACUUAUCAGGUUGCCCAGUAAGUCAAAUUCAUCAAAAAUUCUCACUGAGGUUGCUUCAUCUUUGAGAACUGGCUUGAGGCCUGGAUCUGCUCCUUCAAAUUGGCCAUUGACUGGGGGUGUUCCCAGUCAGCUGUCCACAAUAAAAGGUGCUGAGGUUGAGAGAGUUUAUUUUGUGGGUUAUUCUAAUGGAUCUGUCCUUGUGUGUGAUGCCACUCAUGCAGUCUUAUCUUAUAUUUGCUACAUAGAGGGAGCGGUGAAUGGCACAAAAGUGGCCGGUUCAGAUGCUCAAGUGACAAAAUUGGACUUCUGCUCUGUCUCCUUACUCUUGGCCGUGGGCAAUGAAUGUGGUCUUGUUCGCAUUUAUAACCUCAAAGGCCACUCCAAUGGGCAAAAUCUCCAUUUUGUCACUCAAUCAAAAAGUGAAGUCCAUGAUAUUCCACAAGGAAAAGGGCCUCAUUGUAGUGCUGUCUUUUCUCUUAUGGAUUCUUCAGUACAAGCAUUAUCAUUUGCAAAUUCUGGAACCAAACUUGCUAUUGGAUUUUCAAGUGGUCGUGUUGCAGUCUGUAAUAUGACUUCAUUGUCAGUUUUGUUCUUGAUUGAUGGUGCACCUUGCUCUACCUCUCCAAUUACUUCAUUGCUUUGGAAACAAGAAGCUUUUUUUCAAAGUUAUGUGAAUUUAAAACAAGAUACAGCUUCAGGCAACUCUCUUGAAGAAAUACUAUUUGUGUUAUCCCAAGAUUCGAAAAUUAACAUAGUUGAUGGAAAUAGUGGUAAAAUGAUAUCCAGUCGACCAUUACAUGUGAAGGAAUCGACUGCAAUUUCAAUGUAUGUUAUAGGCAACAUCUCAACCACUGAAGCAUCAAAUGACAAGCUGCGGGAUGAACUCUUGAAGAAUACUUCUGAUGCUAGCCCUGAUGAAAAAGAAGAACUCUUAUCAGCUAGGGUAAAUUCGUCAGAGGCUGAUGUUUCAUCUUCAGAAGCCUCACAUUCUGAAGAUUUAAUGUUGGAUCCACUUGUUCUGCUAUGCUGUGAGAAUUCAUUGCGCUUAUACUCGGCAAAAUCUUUGAUACAGGGAUAUAAAAAACCAAUUCAUAAAGUGAAACACUCUAAAUCUUCUUACUGGACUUCAAUUUUUAAGAAGGAUGAUAAAGUUUAUGGGCUACUAUCAUUGCUUCAGACCGGAGCAUUUGAAAUCAGGUCUUUGCCAGAUUUGCAUUUGGUUGCAGAAAUCUCUUUAUUGUCAAUUUUAAGAUGGAAUUAUAAAGUGAAUAUGGAUAAAACCAUGUGUUCUGAUGAUUAUGGACAGAUAGUGCUGGCUAACAGUUCUGAAUUGGCAUUAAUCUCAUUACUGGCCGGGGAAAACGAAUUCAGUAAUCCGGAGCAUCUGCCUUGUCUUCAUGACAAGGUUCUUGCAGCCGCUGCUGAUGCUGCCUUUAGAUUCUCUACAAAUCAGAAGAAAAAGCAGACCAUGGUGCCAGGGAUUCUAGGUGGUAUUGUCAAAGGACUUAAAGGAGGAAAAACCUCUCAAACAGAUGUGACGAGAAGUUCAGCCUCCAAUUUUGGUAAUCUGGAAGACAUUUUCUUUAAGCCCCAAUUGCCUGAUCCCCUUCCAACAGUGGCAGUCGCAGAUAAUAAAGAAGUGGAGCUUGAUAUAGAUGACAUUGAAAUAGAUGAGCCCAACCCGCCCAUGACUAAGGCCUCUACUUCAUCUCCUGAUGUUAAAAACAAACAGAAAGAGAAGUUAGGAGAUAGGGAGAAAUUAUUUGAAGGUGGUACCAAUAAGGAUGAUGUAAAGCCAAGACUUAGAACACCUGAAGAAAUUAUGGCUGCUUAUAGAAAAACUGGGGAUGCUUCUUCAGCUGCUGCCCAAGCAAGAAACAAGCUUAUGGAGAGGCAGGAAAAAUUAGAGAGAAUCAGCCAGCGCACUGCAGAACUGCAAAGUGGAGCUGAAGACUUUGCAUCAUUAGCAAAUGAGCUUGUCAAGACCAUGGAAAGGAGAAAAUGGUGGCAAAUUUAG